ACUUCCUCGGAGUGGAAUCGUACUCCUAGUGAUUGCGGCUAGCGAGAUCCCCCAAACUUCGGGAACCAUGAAGCCCCGAUGGAAUCUUGUGGUCACCCUCGGCAUAUUACUUCACAUCAUCGCUUUAGCGCGGGCUAAAGCCAUCAUCGACCAGAAAGCCGAGGAAACACAAAACAGCAAUGUCCAACAGCAAACAAUUGGCGCCCUGAAACGGUUAGGUUACGACUAUCCGGCACCUGCUGUGCCCGUUAACUUUGACGAGCCCCAGAUUCAGGCGGAACCGGUUCUGGAUCACCUGCACGUGGAGCCCGUGGUGGACGAUCACCUCCAUCACCACGAGGAGCUUCACCACGAGGAGCACCAUCACGAAGAGCAUCAACACGAUCCAGGAUACUGGAAGAAGAAACUUAUCUGGAAGGAAGGAUGGAAGAAGAUUUGGAAGCCUGGGAAGAAGCAGAUUUGGAAUCCUGACUGGAAGAAAAUCUGGAAGCCCGUCUGGGUCCCGACGCAGAUCCCCGUGUGGAAGGACAUUCAGGUACCAGCUUGGAAGCAAAUCUGGAAACCGGUAUGGAAGGAAAUCCAGGUCCCAGCAUGGAAAGAAAUACAGGUACCGGAUUGGAAGAAGAUCUGGAAGCCAAUCUGGGUUCCGAUAAAGGUUCCCGCCUGGAAAGAGAUUCAAGUCCCAGCCUGGAAGCAAAUUUGGAAACCAGUUUGGAAGGAAAUUCAAGUUCCUGAUUGGAAAGAAAUUCAAGUACCGGCGUGGAAGCAAUACUGGUAUCCAGCGUGGGUGAAGGUUGGAAUUCCAGGGGAAAAGUUCUUGGGUAAGGACCACGAUGGAUGGGAGUACACCAGCCAUGAUCUGUGGAAGAAAAAGUUGGUGUGGAAGUCAGCGUGGAAAAAGAUCUGGAAACCGGCGCAAAAACAAAUUUGGCGUACCGAAAAGAAAUUGGAAUGGAAGGCCGCCUGGAAGCAGAUUUGGCGUCCUGCUAAGAAACAAAUAUGGGUCGAGGAUAAAAAGCUUGCAUGGAAGGAAGCUUGGAAGCAAGUGUGGCGUACAGAGAAAAAACAGGUGUGGGUUCCCGAGAAGAAACUUGAAUGGAAGGCUGCGUGGGUUCAGAUUUGGAAACCAAGCAAAAAGUUGAUUUGGGUACCGGACAAGAAACUUGAAUGGAAGGAAGCCUGGAAACAAAUAUGGGUUCCUGGAUGGAAAGAAAUUUGGCUGCCGGCGUGGAAGCAGAUCUGGAAACCAGUAUGGAUCUCUGAAUGGUUCCCAUCUCCAGAUCAUCACGAGCAUCAUCACGGCAUCGAGCAUGGUUGGGAUCGAAAAGAUGGUGCCGAGUCGAAGGUUGUCUUCAAGCGAAGUGAAACCGCCUCGGCUCAGCCCAAAGCAGUUGAAGCCGCACCGGAGGGUGCUGCCAACAUUACACCAGCGGUAGUGAAAACCGACAGCACGGAAAAUAAGUCCGAAUUCCGGUUUCCCACAUCUUAACUCUCGUUGAAAAUUAGACUCUAAGACAUUAAGCUUUAGCCUUCUCGUACACAAAGUCAUCUAGUUUUUAACUAGAAUUAUCCCAGUAUUUAAAUAAUCUAAGGUAUGUGAGAACGUGUAAAUAUUACAAGGUAAAAGUGCAAGAUCGGUGGAGUUACGGUUUUAGUUUCAUCUGAUAACAAUACUCGUUUUCAUCGUAUCGCAAACACUACAAAUUAGUGAUAUGUAAUUGUGAAACAUAUCGUUCAAAACUACCAAUCGUUCUACAAACUCGAUCGAGCUGAUGUAGUUCCGUGAUCGCCAUCCAU